ACAAAGGCUUACACUGAACUACAUUUAUUUGGUAAUUUAUAAUACAUGUAUAAAUUAUAAAUUUAUAUUUCUGGAUUGAUCUAUGUAUUGCGAUACGAUUAUGCUUAUGUUAACACAAGACUGUAACGAAGAUGUCGAAAAAACCGAACAAUAAAAACGCCACUUCCCCCGGAUCUUUAUCGUUACGGGGCUCGCAAAUUAAUCUUUCAUCCCGCUUGACAAAUUUUAAUAUAUCAAGUCCUCUACGCUGCUUUUACAAUGAGAACGUUGACUUGUCAACGCUCAACCGUCAAUCGUCGAGACCAAUGUCAGCCUCUACUUUGGGUCCAGUCAAUCAGGAAUCGCCUCGUAAGCCUAAACUAGUUAAAAGACCUCAAUCUGCCGAUACGCUUAACACGUCUAAUAAUAAUCGACAUAAUGCGUUCAAUUUCAAUAACCAACAAAAUGAAACAGGUGCAAGGAACCGGAUCGAGGACACUUUCGACGAAUUAAACGUUGCAGAAUUGUCUGAAGACAGUUGCUCUACAUCAGUAAAAGACAAUAAACAACAAAAACCGAACGACGACCGCCUUGAACCCGGGCUAACUUCUAAGCCCCCCAUACCGCCGACCACAACAACCGGUAAUUCUCCUCAAGAAUAUUACGGGCGAGAGGUCAAAAAUUCCUCGGUGACUUUUGACGAUGCUAUUGAGCUUAAGUUCCAGAGAUGGUUUCCCAACUCGGUGCCUGUCUCUCAGGUCACGACCGCCAUUGAACCCGACCUCGUCUCGUUAAACGGCAUGUCGUACGAAUACAGCGAACGGGUCAUCGACAAGGACAAAGGCACUAUAACGUACACCAGGAGUAGUUCAUCCAUGAGCAUCCGGGGUAGCCAGGAUCAGUUGGACGAGGAGCAUCUCUACUCGAACUUGAGCGCGGCUAUAAGCAGCGACGAUAAGCUCAAAGCUACCGUGUCAGUGGACCUGUUGGAAGUAUUGCAGAACGACGACAACCGCCGUGGGACGACGAUCAAAAAGAAGAAGAAGAAAAUAACUCCGACCGCGGUUAAGACUAUAAAGGAUUUGGCCAGGUCUGCUGAUGUGAAAAAAAGAGAUGGGGUCAAAUGUAAAGCUUCAGACGGCCAGAACGAUGCCGUCAAAGUAUCCAAGCCCGUUGUGGUCACCGAAAAGAAACGGGAACAUCUGAGAGCUGAUGUCUCACCGGUCGACGACCACUCUAAAGUAGAAGUUGUUUCGUGGAUGUCUAGUCAUCCGAACCAAAGACCCGCGACUCCAAAAUACAGUCAUAUGUUUAUGGACGAUCGUAAAACGUCUACCUACGAAGAGAUUGUAAGCAUAUUGAAAGAACUCGAAUCAGAAAACGACGAUAUUGACAUGAAUGUCAGAAAAAGUGGUGUUUCAGAUAUAAAUAAACAACAGACUCUAGUUCCAGAAACUUCCAGUUCAAAGGCGCUUUGGUCAUUUUUGGACGAGGUAGAAAAAAAUUCGAACUGUUCCACUCCUUCCAAAACGCUUAAGCGUUGUAAGUCUCCCGAAGCUGUGACGAGUACGCCUCCGUCACCUGAAAAGAAACUCACCGGUUGUAAAAAAGGAACUCUACAACAAUUUAUGGAGCUCGGUAAGGCCGAGUUGGCGCAGAAAGUAGCAAGUCUACAUUUAAAGUUAACCGAAAAAGAAGAUGUGAUUGAAAAACUCAAAAUAACAAUGACCGAACUGCAAGCGGAACACGCAAGAAGUAAAGCGGAUUACGAAUCUACCGUAACAAGGCAUCAGAAAUUCAUCGACAAACUAAUAAAUGAGAAGAAAGAACUGAGCGCAAAUUGUGCGGCCACCGUGAAAGAGUUGACAAAAAAAAUGAACGACAGUUUAGCUAGUCAAGAAGAACGGCAUAAAAUCGAACUUAAAAAAGCAGUUGAUAAACAAAUGGCAUCCGAGAAAGUGAAUAAAGAUAGAUGGGUAGAUUUGAAAACGAAAAAAAUUAAAGAGUUAACAAUAAAAGGCAUUGAACCAGAGUUAAAUAGGAUGUCUGUCGCUUACCAAGAAGAGCUGUCGGAACUUAGAAGGAUCCAUCAAGCCCAAACUGAAGAGAUUGAAGCAACAUGGCAUAGAAGAAUGGCUACCAUGAGAGAUAAGAUGGAUGCUGAACGGGAACAAGCGAUAGUGGCAGAACGGGAAACUUCUAGGAAUCGGUUGGAAUUGGAGAUAGCCGAGCUUGAAAAAAGUUACCAAGAACAACGAAAACGGCUGUUAGGAGAAAUUCAUGCAGAACGGUUACGACAAGAGCGGGAAGGUGAAACUGCUUUAAUGGAAAAACGUCGAGUUCUUGAACAGAAGUUUGAAAAAUCAGUUACCGAACUCCAGGAAAAAAUUAGUAGUAAAGAACGAGAUUUUCAGAAAGAAUUAAAAACAAUAAAAGAAACUUGUGAGAUCGAAAAAACGGCGUGGUUAAAAAAUCAAACUGUGGUUUUAGAAGAAAAAGAAAACGCUAUUAAAGAAAUGUAUAAAAAAGAAAGAGACAGACAUAUAGAGUUAGUUAUACAGAAAUUAGAAAAUGAAUCUACAGAAAGAGAAAAAGCUUCAGAAACCAAAAUUAAGCGUAUAAAGUCUGAAUACGAAGCUGAUAUACUCGAAUUGGAAAACACCAUAUCUGGCCAUCGGAUGAAGUUGAACGAAUUGCGUACUAAAGUACAGGAAGGUGACGACAAAAUAGCAGAUAUGACAGCAGAACUAAGCAAAAACCAAGCUGAAAUCAAACGAUUGCAAGAAUCUAUUUCAAAACUUAAAGAAGAUCUGUCCACAAAAGAUGAAAUCAUAAAAACCGAGACCGUAUCGAAAGUAGAAAGUUUGCAAGCUGAGCUGACUAAAGCAAAAUCACAUUUCGAAUCUAAAAUUAAGGCAGUUGAAAACGAAAAAGAAAGAGAAAUCAAUCACGUUUAUAUUAGGGUAAGAGAAGCUAUUGCUCGUAAGGAUGAAUCCAUCCAGGCAUUGCAGAGUGAAAGAGAUGCCGCUUUGAACCAAUGCAGCAGUAUCGAAAGACUGCUAGAAAAACAGAGGAGAGAAUUUAUGAAACUUAAAUAAAUCACCAGUAUAAUUUAUAUGAUUUAUUUUGGUGACUUGCCGAUGCCGCCACCACCACGCAAUUACGAGCAACCGCUGCAGUCCGCAACUCCAUAAACACACGAGGUCCACGUGUCGAGAUUCGUUGGUUAUUUGAAUAUUAUUUAAAUUAAUUGAAAAAACUAUUUCGGAUCAAUUUCAUUAAAUGCAAUAGAUGAGUGUAAUUUGCAUUUCAG